CGCCGGACACCUCGUACUAUACGUAUAUGGUGUCUUGGUCGAUCGAGGUUACGUCUUAACUAUAUUUGAGAGAUACCCCGGGAGAGAUACACUCAUAAUUCAUAAUUCAUGACUAGCUCAGCUACUUCAAGAAGCGGGAAGCGUAUUUGCUCACGGAAGCAGUAUUAUCAUACAUAACCAGAUAUAAUAAUAAUGGCGCCUCUACGUUGGGGUAUCUGUACAGGAGGGGAAAUCUCACACGACUUCGUCGCCAGCUUACAAGGUCACUCCGACAACCAUCCCAUCGUCGCGAUCGCAACUCGUUCAUUGGAGAGAGCGCAGAAGUUUGCGACCAAAUUCAAGAUUCCCACCGCCUAUGGUAGCUAUGAAGAGCUUGCUCGGGAUCCUAAUGUAGACAUUGUCUACAUCGGGGCUAUUAACACCGAACAUCCCAGACUGAGCAAGUUAUUUCUUACCAACAAGAAGAAUGUGUUAUGUGAAAAACCGCUGGCACUCACUCUGCACGAAACUCAAGAUGUCUUGAAGACGGCCAAAGAAAGUAAUGUCUUCUUCAUGGAAGCUGUGUGGACCCGUUUCUUUCCAGUCAGCGCUAAGAUCCGGGAACUCGUCUCAUCCGGGAAACUUGGUGACGUAAAAUCAAUGCUUCUCAACUUUGGUCUUGAUUUACCCGACAGAGAGAGAACAGUCAAAAGAGAAAUGGGUGGGGGCGCCCUCUAUGACAUGGGAAUCUACAUGGUCCAAAUGACGACCAUGGUCUUCGGGGAAGGACCGACAUCGUCGCAUACGCACGGAUUCCUCAAUGAAAAUGGAGUUGAUGAGAUGUACACGACGGUGAUGAAGUUCCCUAACAAAGCCAUGGCAACGCUUGCAUGCACCUACAAAGCUGAUUACCCAAAUGAAGUAGUCAUUGUCGGAACCAAAGGUCGCCUAAGAAUUCCGGAUCAUUUCUGGGCCCCCACGGAUCUAAUCUGGUCGAGCCCCAACGGAGAGCCCAUCGAGACGUUCAACUUCCCUACGCCUGAAUCCUCGGCGGAAUAUUCCUUGGGUCCGCUGUGGUCCGGUAUGCUCUAUGAGGCCGAUGCAGUGAAACAGGCGAUUCAAGAAGGUAAAAAGGAGCACGCCCUCGUGAGUUGGAAGGAGACAGAACUGCUUGCUACGUUGAUGGAGAAAGCUCGUCGAGAUCUCGGUAUCGUCUGGGUGCACGAAGGUCAAUCGCCGGUCGUCGUUCUUGCAUAAAAAGUUUAAUAAUAAUAAUAAUAAUAUUCUUACCAUUUUCAGUAUUGAAAUUAUUGUAUUUUUCCAAAUUUGCUUGUCAAAUGUGAACAAUUUAGCCAUUGGCUGCUAAUCAAUCAUGUUUUUUGUUUAUAUCAUGAAGUAGUCAAAAGUUUCACAAUUUUUGAUACAUUCUGUCAAUUUAUUCCAAAGCUCUGCUGAAAACAAAAAGGAGCGUAACACAUGAGAGGUAAAACCUUGUACUUAUUUGGGGGAUAAUAAGGAGAAACUUUUUGGGAAGAUCUGAGGAUUCUGUAAAGUAUGUACAUGUAUUGGGUAUAAGUUUGAUUAUAAUAAUAAUUAUUAUAAUAAGUGUUUGUUUUAAAAUAAAGUGCUUUACCAAUUACAAAUAACCAAAGAGCUAACAGUUUUGUUAUAUAACCCCUGUCACUAGAUUCAAUUACUAUUAUGCACCUAACAGUGCACAUUCUCCACUCCCAUGCUCCUUAGGCUGCGCACGCAUCUGCUUAUCCAAUCACAUUGACGUCCACAUCCUACCGGGUACCAAUUUAAAACCAAGGGGGUGUUUUUCUUAAAAGCUACUGAAAUCCUUGCUUCUGAUAGGUUAUCAGGAGAUUUGUCAUUGACUUUUGUCAUUUUUCAUUGAAAAAAAGGCUUUGUGAAACGCCCCCCCCCCCCUGGGUGGUAAGGAGCAAUGUAGAUCAAAUGCCUUGCUCAAGGACAUAAGUGUAGUAACAGGGUUUGAACACACGACCUCCGCAUUACCUGUCAGGUGAUUAAAACACUCGACUACGACACCUCUACCUCGAUCUAGCCCCUCUGCUAGUCCACUGCCCGGACUGUUCUUUAUUCGUACGCCUAAGAUUCUGUCCUGUUUUAUUCUUCAAUCAGGCCUACAAAAAAAAGAUGUUGUAUUGUCCUUUAGAUGUUAAAACAUGGGUCGGU